AUGGUGGUGGCGGGGGUGGUGACAACGGUGGUGGUGGUGGUGGUGGAUGACGGUGGAGGUAGGUGGCGGCAGUGGCGAUGGUGGUGGCGGGGGUGGUUGGAGAUGGUAGCAGCAGCAACGGUUGUCGGAGGUGGUAGCAGCGGUGGCGGUGGGUGGUGGCGGUUGAUAGGGGUGGCGGCGGUGAUCAGAGGUGGCAGUGGCAAUGGUGGCGGCGAUGAUCGAAGGUGGGUGGUGGAUGAUCUGAGAUGGCAGUGGCGACGGUGGGUGGCAGCGACGGAGGUGGGUGGUGGCAACAGGGGCGGUGGCGGCGGAGGUGGGUGA